AGUAAUUCUAAAGUUAUAACAUUGUAACAGUGUGUGUGGAUAUAUGACGUCGAUAUAUGACUGUCUUUAUUGUGAAGCAGGAAGAAGGGGAUAAGAAUGUUGCGCUGGAAUAAGUCUACGGUAGUUCUAUCGUGCACGAGCAUCAGCUGUCUGGUGAGUGUUGGGUUCAGGAGGACACACUGCUGCUAGGAUGCAGGAGCAGAGGAACAUUGUAGAUCAUCAGGCUUUCCUGGAGGAUGGCCUGAGAUCAGACGUGCUGCUCCAACACCAGCUGCAAGCAAUGAAGGAGGCCCACAAGCAGCAGCUGCAGGAGACAGAGAGGAGACAGGGCCUGAAGAGAAGGAUCCAGCAGAACUCUAUGCUGUCAGCAGAUGUCGACAGAUAGUCUAGUACUCCAGGACCUCCCAACAGGUCAGACAAUCGUAGAGAUCUAUCACAUCCUCUGCAGCCUGAGCAUCCGUCACAACUGUCACACAGAGAGGAUCACAGCAACUUCAGCAUCAAGGCCAACAGAAACAGAGCAGCACCAACUAAGUAAAGAGGAGAAAGAGGAGGCGGAGUGUCAGAGGAAGUUCCGUGUUGUUCCUGUGCUUGUCCAAGUGUUUUUGCACCUAUAUGAUGCAGGUGCGACAGAGGGAGAGGAAGGAAGGCCAUGAACAGAGGAAGGACUUCAUGCUCUCCAUGCAGAAGCCCUUCAGCUUCCUGGAGAGAGAUGAGAAGAAGAGAGAGAAGCUGAUGGAGAGCAUUUGAAAGAGGAGGAGCUGCGCAGGAUGAUAUGCAUCCAGCCGAGGGCCCAGGAGAACUUGAGGAAGUCCACAGCGCCUAUAGAGAACCAAACUCAUACUGAGAACCCUGAACCUCACAGCUCCCAGCACACUAAGAAGGAGGUCCUGGCCUUCCUGGAUCAGACCACCUCCCAGGUCCCUGACUUUGAUAGGCUGCACAAGGCUUUCCACAGGGAAGCCUUGAGGAGGGCCGAGAGGAAAGAUGUGACCAAGUGUCAGCCCUUCCACCUGCGGACAUCAACCCUGCCCUCAAGAACAAGCAGGAGCAGCUCUGAAAAAGAACAAGUGAGCUUACUGUAGCACUCUGCAAAUAGAACUUAGUUCAAUAUAGAACUGAUAUGUGUAUUACUUUGGCUUUGGUUUGUUUCCUCGUCUUAUUUUUGUUCUCAGGAAUCCAUAGUCAGUGCCUUUUUGAAGAGAAGCAAUUCCUUUGGUGGUUUAACAUCGCUGUCUACAGAUACGCUUCCCACCUACAUUACAGAUGCAGCAAGGAAACGCCGUAUGGCCAUUAGAAGGUCUGUGGAGCAGAGGGAGAGCACGGAGCAGGAGAGUGCAGAGUUUAUGAGGAAACACAGGAUGAGGUCUCAGGCCAUAAAGAAGACAGUGGCUGUCCGUGCCAAGGUCAUGGACCCUCACAGCAGCCUGAAAGAGAUGAGAAGCUGAAACAGCACUGCGAGUCUGAGCAACAAAGGAUGAAAGAGUAUAAGAAGGAGCUACAGGAUAUGAAGACCAGAGUCACUGACCAUCCUUACCUCUUUGAACAGGUGUCACAGGUAAACUAUGGGCUUGCAAUGACCUGGAAACUACAUUUAUGGAAUUGCAAACACUUGAGAAGAGCCUUUGAACUGUUAACUGCCCCUUUUCUAUUCCAUUGCUUUUGAUGUAAUUGCUCUAGAAAAACGCAGAGCGACUAUGCAGAGUGAAGCUGGUUUGAAUGAGAGUUUGAAAAGACACCGAUCUUCAAAUCUGAUGACGAUUGUGAUGACCAAAGUAUUGAGAGUAACAUGGAGAAAAGUGGGGUGAACAAAUCCACAGCGCUGGAGAGAGAGCUUAGCAGGAGAGAGAAAGGGGGAGGGACAGAGACAGCAGUCAGUGUGACAGAUAAGAGCGGCGGAUGACUUGUCUCUCUCUGAAUGCACCGUGAGCAAGAGAGCAAUUUCCAGGUGGGUCGUCAGAGGUUUCCCAAGCCGAGUCUACAACAGUGUAAUGGGUUGCCCAGACCGGAGGCUUUUCCUCUGAUCCUGCAAAGAGGUUGGCGUAUUCCUGCAACGAGAACUAGUCCUCACAUUGAGCGACCCUGGGCAUGGAGAAGCUGACAGAGAAAGAGAAGGAGCUGAUCCGAGUCAGCUGGGAGAGUCUUGGCAAGAACAAAGUUCCACACGGAGUCAUCAUGUUCUCCAGACUGUUUGAACUAGAGCCUGCACUCCUCAACCUCUUUCACUACAACACAAACUGUGGCACCAUACAAGACUGCCUCUCCAGCCCUGAGUUCCUGGACCAUGUCACAAAGGUAAUGUUGGUGAUCGAUGCAGCAGUCAGUCACCUGGACAACCUCCAUACCUUGGAGGAUUUUCUGCUCAACCUGGGGAAGAAGCACCAGGCAGUCGGGGUUAACACCCAGUCCUUCGCUGUGGUGGGGGAGUCCCUUCUCUACAUGUUGCAGUGCAGUCUGGGUCAGGGGUACACAGCCCCGCUGCGUCAGGCUUGGCUCAACAUGUACACCAUUGUAGUGGCGGCCAUGAGCAGAGGAUGGGCCAAGAACGGAGAACACAAGACUGACUGAAACAUACGCUUGGGGUCUGCUACCAGUUGCUGUCUAAUCACCCUCAUGGUUGCUAUGGAGUAAGGUUGUAUAACUCACAGCAUAAAGGUUUGAUUGCUGUAUAUGGUGAACGAAUGGCGUUAUCACACUUGACACAACAAAUAAUGGUCGAAUCACCUGGUGUUCAGAGUUAACUGUUUUUGCUGUGGAUGUUGUAGCUGCCAGAGUGCUGCUAUAACAUUGUGGGGAUGUUAUGGGUCAACCAGACCCUUGAUCUGCAGUUUGAGUUCCUCAUAUUAGAGGAAGCAUAGGGUUAAAUUAAGGUAAUAACUGAAAUUGCUCUGUAAAUAAUGCCUUGGUGUAUCUACUCAAAUAAUUACAUUGAUUGUGGUGAUUUUUGUGAUGUAUCUUAGUCACACACUUGUCAAACACUGGCUAUAUUGGCUGCAUUACUUGGCUGGAAUGGGCAGCUACAAUAUGGGCCCUCUCCCAAAUCAACCAGUGAUAUAGAAACCUUGAUCACAAAAGUACAGUAUGUCCAAGAUUAUUGUUUAGAGUGAUUAUCAUGAUUCUAUAUUUAUAUCUUUGAGUUAGGCUAGGGACCUGAUAAUGGCACAUAAUAAUGCUCUCCUUUCUUUUUGUGUGUCCAUGACCUGGAGUGUAACAAUCCUUAGAGGUGAACUUGAUUCUUAAAUCAAUUGGUAUUAUUAACAAACACAUGACUUUUGUUGAUGCUCAAUAGAAAAUGACAAGAACUGUUCAUGUAUUAUAAAGCUUUUCUAUGUGAUCUCUAUGACUGUUAGGGUGUCCAUGUGCACCUUUGUCUGAAAUGUGUAUGUUGGCACUCUCCUCUCCUCUCCUCUCCUCUCCUCUCCUCUCCUCUGACAGUAGAGGUUGUAAAGCUCGCGUUGCCAUAUGCGUAUUACCAUAAUAUUUCAAUAGGCUUCAACUGACUGUUACUUAUUCUAAAAUAAAUGCUUAUUCUCCUCUCGAGUUCUAGCUAAUUGAUGUAAUGGAACUCAACAGUAGAUUAUUUGCUUGAGGGUCUUUGGGCUUGACUUAGUUUAGGCUCAUUCAGUUUUCACUAAUUGUAAAUGUAAAGUGGUGUUGAACCACAUACUGUAUCUAUAUAUUGUAAAUACUGCUAUCAUAUGUUGUAAACAGGCCAGAAAUAUAGUAGUAAUCUAUUUAGGCUUUUUGGACCCAAUAGGUCAUUGACAAUUAGGGCGGCAGGGUAGCCUAGUGGUUAGAGCUGACAAGGAACAAAUCUGUCGUUCUGCCCCUGAACAGGCAGUUAACCCACUGUUCCUAGGCCGUCAUUGAAAAGAAGAGUUUGUUCUUAACUUGCCUAGUUAAAUAAAGGUAAAAAAACAAAGCCAGGAUUUAUUCAGACAUUUUUUCUCCCCUAUUUAGCUCAUAGUUAAUAGCUUGGAGUAUCUUUCUGUGGACAACCGUAAAGCAUUUAUUGAUAAACAAAUUUCACUACAUCCAACCUGAAAUAGUAAGCAAUGAUCGUUAGAGAUGACAGUUAGAGAUGAUAGUUAGAGAUGACAGAGAUGAUAGAGAUGAUAGUUAGAGAUGACAGAGAUGAUAGUUAGAGAUGUGAAUGUCCUUUUUACUGCUAUGAACACAUUUACCUAUAUGCUUCUAUACAGUGUGUAUCAUUCGUUAUCUUCCUGUACAUUGAAAGUCACAAUGCCAAGUUAGCUAUAAUACACCAAGUAUUUGAUAAUAACACUACACUACUAUAUCUCCAAUCUGCUGAUAUGUGGUGAAUAUUGCUUCAGUCUGAGAUUACUUUUAUACAAUGUAUUUUUGUAUUUUCCAGUGUUUUACGUAUGUGAAUGACUAUAUGCCAUUGCAAACACAGUUUUUCCAAACUGUUACGUUAACCACAACAUUUAUGUCAAAUCCAUGUAUUUUUCUUUUCAUUUGCAGCACAAGGCUGUUAAGCAUUUUAAGUAUUGAUGAGUGAGCUUUUAUCCUUAAGUCAUGAUAAAUGUAAGAGAGACAUUUCUCCUCAAUCAGUAUAAUUGCCAUAUUAUCAAUGUGUGAUCCCUACAAGGAUGUCUGUUGGCAUUGAAAACACAACCAUUUCAUUACCAUGUCUAAAGGAGAUCUCACUUUAUCUUUACUUUCAAUCACCUGUGAGCUUUAUUUUCAGGCCAUGGCAGCACUACUAAUUCAGAUUUGUUCCUCUCUCCCACUUUCCAACUAGCAUAAUGAGUUUCCCUUACCAGAUGAACCCUUCUCCUGAAUCAAAAAGCAUUAUCAAUAGAGAAUCUACAUUGAACAUGCUUUUUAGUUAAAAAAUAAGCUUAAUCUGAGUCUAGGAAACCAGACCUAUGAGUUGAACACAUUUUCUAAUAUGUCUAUACAUGGCACUAGGCAGAUUGCUGUGUGUAUUGUCUCGAUUUCAAAGAUCUGUGAGUAGGCCUGUUUUGUGUGUGUGUGUGUGUGUGUGUGUGAAUUGCAUUGGUAUAUUUAAAUAACAUGAUAUUCUGUUUAUGAGUGUCUCAAUGUCUACCUCGUCAACUCAGCUGCGAACAGCAAUGAUUUCAACUAUCCUUUAACCAAAAACACGUGACACUUAAUGCAAAUACAUACUCCCUCAACCAAACAGCUCGUAAAAUGGACCCCAUCCUAUACUUAUGUAAUGUGUUGUGUUCUUACUCAAUUAAUAGUAAAUAAAGGUGAUCUUUUGUGGACAUACUACUGAAAAAAAGA